AUGUUUUGCUGCUGUGCUGAAGAAGCCAACACUCAUUCUGCUGAAGAAGCACACCAGAAUCCUAACAAGACUACACCAGCUAAUACUCAGUCGAGGAACGGAGCUGUUUCAACACCCAGCCAAGCUUCAGGUGGUGGAGCCACUGUUGGCAGUCAAGCAAAGGCUGCAGUCACCCAGCAACCAACAGUCCAGUCCAGUAGCGCUGCUUCCAAAGGUCACCUAGAAACACAGAAGGACCUCCCUACAUCUGGACCUGCCGCAAGAAAAUCAGAAGAGCAGAAGUCAGCUGCUGUAGAAGUGUCAGAUAUUAAAGUUAAGGUUAAGGAAUCCGAAUCUUCUAACAAAGUUCCUUCAGAGCCAGUGGGUCAGAGUGGUGGCCAGGUGGUCUCUGCAGGUAAAACUGUUAGUUCUUUGUCUGCAGAAGGACAAAAUUUUGGCUCCAAGGAGCCAAAAAAGGUUGACCCCAAAGCUUUCAUAUCUAAUAUGCCAAAUAUUGAACAGUUAAAAUCAGUAAAUUCUGAGCUCGACAAAUUAGACAAAGCCAUUGGCGAGGCAGAAGCUAAGUCCAACUGGGAAGCUAAAAGUUCUAUCAAUAAGCUAGCCAAUCAGCUGAAAGCUUUAACCUCACAGGUGCUAAAGGCGUCUGCUGUAUCUGGCAACAUGAGUGACAGCAACUUGCAGGCAGUGGUAUCCAGGCUGGAAGCGGUUGCAUCACGUCUGGAGGCUGUGGUUUCUCGGACAGGAGGUGGGCAAUCAGCGGCUGGUGAUUCAGAUGCUGUGUCACCCUAUGUAGUUGCCUACGAUGACAUACUUUCUGGUCCAUUGGCCAAGUUUCUCUCUCUGUCCAGUGACAUUGGAGGAGAUGUGAAGAUUCAGGCUGGUCUGGUGAAGGAAGCAUUUGAUGCUCAGAGGAGUUUCCUGGUCAUUGCAUCAAAGAGCAAACAGCCUGAUCAGAACACAUUUGUGGAAUUGCUGAAACCGUCUGCUACAAAGCUACAAGCGGUGCAGGAUUUUCGUGAGAACAAUCGCAAGAGUGAUUACUUCAAUCAUUUGUCUGCAAUCAGCGAGUCCAUUGCUGCCUUGGGAUGGGUCACUAUUACCCCAGCCCCUGGUCCUUAUGUGAAAGAGAUGUCAGAUGCCGGCACCUUCUACACCAACCGUGUCUUGAAAGAUUACAGGGAGAAAGACCCCAAGCAUGUUGAAUGGUCUCGAUCCUGGCUGGCUACUCUGACAGAGCUGCAAGCCUACAUCAAGCAGUUCCACACCACGGGCCUCUCUUGGAAUCCUCAG